AAGACAGCUGAUAAGAGCUCUGCUAUUCACUGAGUUGGACUUUUUCACCCACAUAUAUGAAACAAAUUCAUUUAUCCAGAAGAUAGAGCGGACACAAUGGGUGACCUAUGGCUGAAAGGUUCCUGCCUUUUUGUGGCAUUGGUUUUCAUAAAUCAAACCAAGGGGAGUCCUGGAGACGGCAGAAAAGUCUGGGAAAGAAACGAUCUGCUGAGUCCACUGAAUGAAUCCCAGCUGUUUACCUAUGGAACUUUCCCCACAAACUUUCUCUGGGGUGUAGGAAGUUCAUCUCUUCAGGUGGAAGAUGAUGACCUCUCCAGCAGAGGUCCUUCUGUGUGGGACCAGUUUAUGAGAUUGCACCAGACUUGGCAUUCUCACACCAAACAUGGGCAGCCCAGCAGCUUCAUGCAAAACGAGAUACCAGCCCUAGAGUUUUUGGGUGUGAAUGUUUAUCACUUUUCCAUUUCAUGGCCCAGGUUAUUUUCUACCGGGGCAAUGCAGUUCCAUAGUGAAUCAGGAGUGCAGUACUACAAUGAUCUGAUAAACUUGCUGGUCAGCAGAAACCUACAGCCUGUGGUCACUCUCUACCACUGGGAUCUGCCAGUGCCUAUACAGGAAAAGUACGGGGGCUGGGCAAACCAGAGUGUAACCCAGCUCUUUAAUGAGUAUGCUACCUUUUGCUUCAAGGAGUUUGGGGACCGUGUGAAGUAUUGGAUCACCAUGCACAACCCUUACCUGGUAGCUUGGCAUGGCUAUGGCACAGGGUUGCAUGCACCCUGGGAGAAAGGAGACCAGGCACGUGUGAUUGCUGUGGCACAUAAUCUCAUCAAGGCCCAUGCUACGGUUUGGCACACCUACAAUGCACUCUUCCGCAAGUCUCAGAAAGGACUUGUGUCUGUGACAUUGGGAUCUCACUGGAUAGAACCAGAAAAGGGAAAUUAUAGCCCUUUAGCAAUAGACAUGUGUCAAGAAUCCAUGGAAACUGUUCUUGGACUAUUUGCAAAGCCCAUUUACAAAGAUGGAGAUUACCCAGAAAUCCUUAAAAGAAAAUACAGCUCCAUAUUAACCAACUUCACAGAGGCUGAUAAAACUUUUAUCAAAGGGACAGCUGACUUCUUUGCAUUCUCAUUUGGCCCAAAUAAUUUUAGACAUUUAAUUAAUGCCACAAAACUGGGCCGAGCUCUGAUACACCUGAGGGGGGCACUGAACUGGAUAAAGCUGGAAUAUAACAAUCCAAAAAUACUUAUAACAGAAAAUGGCUGGUUCUCAAACAGCAACAUACAAAUGGAAGAUACUACAACUAUAUACAUCAUGAAGAAAUUUAUCAAUGAAGUCCUACGAGCUAUUAAAUAUGAUGGUAUUGAUGUUUUUGGUUACACUGCAUGGUCUCUAAUGGAUGGCUUUGAAUGGCAAGAUGCCUAUAAAAUACGACGUGGAUUAUUUUAUGUUGAUUUCAACAGUAAAACUAAAAAAGUAAUGCCCAAGUCAUCUGCAUUUUACUAUAAGCAGAUUGUACAGCAGAAUGGCUUUCCCAUGGUAGACUCCAGCUCAUCAGCUAAUGGGCAGUUCCCUUGUGACUUCUCCUGGGGUAUAACGGAUUCUGUUCUUAAGCCAGAACUUAUUCCUUCAUCUCCUCAGUUCACUGAUCGACGGCUAUAUGUAUGGAAUGUCACUGGAGAUGGCAUUUUACAUCCAGUAAAAGGCAUCAAUUUGAAGACCCGUCCAUUUCAAUGCACAGAUUUUAUCAGCAUCAAGAAACAGCUUUCACUGUUAUCAAGAAUGAAAGUUACAAAUUAUAGAUUUGCCCUCAACUGGUCUUUAAUUCUACCAAAUGGCGAUUUGUCUGUUGUUAACCGGGAAGUCCUGAGGUAUUAUCGCUGCAUGAUAGAGGAGGCAUCCAAUAUUGGAAUAAAGUCGAUGGUCACCCUUUAUUACCCAACACAUGGCUCCUUAAGUCUUCCAGGACUUUCGGUACAAAAUGGAGGAUGGUUAAAUAGAACUAUUACACAGGCUUUCUAUGACUAUGCAAACUUGUGUUUUCAGGAGUUGGGUGACUUAGUAAAGCAGUGGAUUACCAUAAAUGAACCCAACAGGCUAAGUCAGUAUUACAAUAAAAGCAGUAAUAGUUCUUACCAGGCAGUGCACAAUGCGCUUUUAGCUCAUGCUAUGGCUUGGCAGGUCUAUGACAAGAUAUACAGACCUAUUCAACAUGGCCUUGUGUCAUUGGCUCUGCAUACAGACUGGGCCGAGCCUGCUAAUCCCUUCGUCAAAUCUCAUUCUGAAGCUGCGGAGAGAUUCCUUCAGUUCGACAUUGCUUGGCUGGCAGAGCCAAUUUUUGGUUCUGGUGACUAUCCAACUCAUAUGAAGCAGUACAUUGCCUCCAAGAAACAAAGGGGAAUGUCCAAUUCAGUUUUGCCCCAUUUCACAGAAGAAGAAAAGAGUUUGGUAAAAGGAGCAGCUGACUUCUUAGCUCUGAAUCAUUUCACAACAAGGCUUGUUAUUCAUGAGACUAAAAAUGGAAGCAGAUAUGAUUCUGACAGGGACAUACAUUUUCUCUCUGAUCCAACAUGUCUGAGCUCAGCAGGCGGUCUGGCUGUAAUGCCUAGUGGUAUACGGAAGCUUUUAAACUGGAUAAAGCAGCACUACGGUGACAUCUCUAUUUAUAUUACUGCCAAUGGUAUAGAUGACAAAUCUUCUAGCAAUGACGAACUUCGGAUAUUUUACCUACAACAAUACAGUCAACAGAUACUACAAGCAUACCAAGAAGAUAAAAUUAAUGUCAAAGGUUACUAUGCAUUUAAAUUGACUGACAGAACGAAACCACUGUAUGGCUUCUUCAGCUCUGCAAUAUACAACCUUAAAGCUAAGGCCUCAGUAGAUGCCUACAGCACCAUAAUCAACAUGAACGGCUUCCCAAAGGACCAUUCAAGAAACCAAUGUAGUACGACAAGUGAGGAUAAAGAAUGUUCCUUGUGUACGUUCCUAGAGCAAAGGAAACCGCUAAUAUUUUUUGGCUUUUGCCUUUUUACCAUUGCUGUCCUUCUUUUAACCUUCACCAUUAUUCGUAAAUACAAAAAGAAAAGGAGGAAACUACAUUCUGAGAAAAAUAAGCGGACUGUUUGCUUUCUGUUUAAAAAGGAGGAUGGAUUCAGUCACUGCUGAGGCCUAUUGAGUAACUUUAGAGACUCCACUUAAGUUUGUGGAUUCACUCCAUUUUUUUUCUUUGAACACCAUGAACUUAUAAACAUUUUUCCAUGCAUUACCAAGCAAGUUUACAAGACUCAGUAUAGUGACAAAGCAAUUUUGCUGAGAUAUGGUAGAUGUAUGUGAAAACUGCUUUUCUCAUAAGAAAAAGCUUAAAUAGAAUUUAAUUUAUAUAUUAAAAAUAUAUAAUAUUAUAUCAUUAUUUAAAAUAUGUGUAACUAACUACCAUGCUAUUUGGUUGACCCAGGUUUUUUUUUUUAUUAUUAUUUUGAUUUAUUCUUCCUUUCUGCCCAUGGGUCCCACAUGGUAAAAAAAUUAUGACAACAAAUGUGAUAAAUAAAGAGACUACAGAAGCUCUUUUAAAAUGUGUCUUGUAUAU